UAUUUUACAAAUGUAGUUUUCAAGGUAAUGGUUACUAUUUUCCCUACAGGAAACAAUUGAAAAACUUUCUGUCUUGGUGAAAUAUAAUAAAUCAAUGUCCAAAUCACUUAUUUCUCACCACUUCCCUGUAUCGAUUGUAUCACCACUGCUGUUGCACGAGUUCAUAUGGGUUACUUCCCUUGCAACACUGAUUUAGGAGCGUGUUAUUUCAGCUCGGAGAUACAGUUGCAUUUGAAGACAAACACUUUUAUUUGCAAAUAGUCACAAUGACCCAUCCUAGUUUGAUAAGUGUGGAAUGGCUCAAGGACAGAGUGGCCAGUGGCGAUCUCGGUCAAGUGGUCAUCCUUGACGUAUCCUGGUCAAGCAGCAAAGACAUGAGAGAGCACUAUAACGCAGAGCACGUGCCUGGGGCGGUGUACCUAAGCACCAUGGAGGGUAAACACACUGAUAUGUUUCCCCGUAACAUUCCUGACGCCGACGCGUUUCAGGAGAGCGUCAGGGCGGCAGGCGUCGACGCGGACUCCCAUGUGAUCGUCUACAGCGACUCGGACGCAUGCGGGUUCUUCCUGUCAGGACGCGCAUGGUGGACUUUUAAGGUGUUUGGACAUAAAGACGUAUCCAUUCUUGAUGGCGGUUGGCAGAAAUGGAAGGCUGCUGGUGGUCAGGUGACUAGUGACGUGUCCACUCCGAAGAAAGGGAAUUUUAUCUGUAAGCCAGAUGAUGGUGUAAGAUUGACGUACGAGACGAUGGAGGUAAACAUGAAGGAAUCGGCCAGACAGGUGUGUGACAGUCGGCCAUCAGUCAAAUACUCCGGCGAAGAUAGCACGGGACACAUAAAGGGAGCCAAAAAUCUACCUAUGUCCGAACUAGUCAACCCUCAAACGGGGACUCUUAAAGAUCUGGACCAGAUCAAAAAAGAAUUUAGCGCAGCUGGAGUAGAUCUGUCCAAACCCCUUGCCUGCUACUGCAAUAGUGGCAUGUCAUCGUGCACUUUGGCCUUCACGGCGGCUCUUUGUGGCAAUGAAAAUGUAUCUGUGUACCACGGAGGAUUCAAUGAGUGGAGUAAAAGGUCACAGAAAGAUCAAAUCGAAAAGUAGACAGACGUGUCGAGCCUUCUUGACUUUUCACCUUGUACUGCAUACGAAGGUCCAAUCAGCUAGUCAUCAUAAGUUAAACAAAAAAACUCCAGAGCAGUCUACAGAAACCAACGCGAACGCAUUCAGUUCCACAAAUGUCGAGUCCAGUUCUACAGAAACCAACGCGAACGCAUUCAGUUCCCCAGAUCUCGAGUCCAGUUCUACAGAAACCAACGCGAACGCAUUCAAUUCCCCAAAUGUCGGGUCCAGUUCUACAGAAACUAACGAGAACGCAUUCAAUUCCACAAAUGUCGGGUCCAGUUCUACAGAAACUAACGAGAACGCAUUCAAUUCCACAAAUGUCGGGUCCAGUUCUACAGAAACCAACGCGAACGAUUCGGUUCCACAAAUGUCGGGUCCAGUUCUACAGAAACUAACGCGAAUGCAUUCAGUUCCACAAAUGUCGGGUCCAGUUCUACAGAAACUAACGCGAAGGCAUUCAAUUCCACAAAUAUCGGAUCCAGUUCUACAGAAACCAACGCGAACGAUUCAGUUCCACAAAUGUCGGGUCCAGUUCUACAGAAACUAACGAGAACGCAUUCAGUUCCACAAAUGUCGGGUCCAGGUCUACAGAAACUAACGCGAACGCAUUCAGUUCCACGAAUGUCGGGUCCAGUUCUACAGAAACUAACGCGAACGCAUUCAAUUCGACAAAUGUCGGGUCCAGUUCUACAGAAACUAACGCGAAGGCAUUCAAUUCCACAAAUAUCGGAUCCAGUUCUACAGAAACCAACGCGAACGAUUCAGUUCCACAAAUGUCGGGUCCAGUUCUACAGAAACCAAUGCGAACGCAUUCAAUUCCACAAAUAUCGGGUCCAGUUGUACAGAAACCAACGCGAACGAUUCAGUUCCACAAAUGUCGGGUCCAGUUCUACAGAAACUAACGCGAAGGCAUUCAAUUCCACAAAUAUCGGAUCCAGUUCUACAGAAACCAACGCGAACGAUUCAGUUCCACAAAUGUCGGGUCCAGUUCUACAGAAACUAACGCGAAGGCAUUCAAUUCCACAAAUAUCGGAUCCAGUUCUACAGAAACCAACGCGAACGAUUCAGUUCCACAAAUGUCGGGUCCAGUUCUACAGAAACUAACGAGAACGCAUUCAGUUCCACAAAUGUCGGGUCCAGUUCUACAGAAACUAACGCGAACGCAUUCAAUUCGACAAAUGUCGGGUCCAGUUCUACAGAAACUAACGCGAAGGCAUUCAAUUCCACAAAUAUCGGAUCCAGUUCUACAGAAACCAACGCGAACGAUUCAGUUCCACAAAUGUCGGGUCCAGUUCUACAGAAACCAAUGCGAACGCAUUCAAUUCCACAAAUAUCGGGUCCAGUUCUACAGAAACCAACGCGAACGCAUUCAGUUCCACAAAUGUCGAGGCCGGGUCUUCAGAAGCCAGAGCGUAUAUACUCAAUUUCAUAAAUGAUGCGUCCGGGUCUUCCGAAGCCAAAGCGAACAUACUCAGUUCUACAAACCAGUCUACAAAGGCCAGCAUUAUUUCUACGAAACUCAAUCUCAACAUCGAAUAAGCAGUUUAAAGAACACUCAAAAUCCAAAACCAAAAUUGACAAGUGUACGAAGAUGCAACUGUCCAGGCUCAAUCAUAUCUAAAGUCUUUAAAAGUGUGAUCGACCGAAACUGCUUGUUAUUCUACAAUGGGAAGAAGAAUAAAUACUAUAAUAUGAUAUAUUAUAUACUCCAAAAACUAUGCACGUACUCAGAAAGUGUACAUUGUUUAACUAAACGCGAUACUGUCUCGGUGUACAUGAUGUUUACAUGUAUUUACGUAAUUUAUUAUCUAGGGAACAAAAUGUGUUUAGUGAUUAUUCAUUGAUAGUUCCUCAAAAUUUGUUAAACAAAAACAAAAACAAAAAACCUGAGAUGUAAACAUUUUUGAUAAUAGUGUUAAUGUAAUCCGUGUGAUAGUUCAUACAACAUGUGUAAACGGGAAACAUUCUAUAAACCCCUGUCACAUGCUUACACUCUCCUACAAUUCCCCUUUUUCUAGUACCUGUCAUUUUUUACCCCUCUUUCCAGUUCUUCCUUCCUUCUAAAACGGUAAAUAACACUACAGAUAUCAGGUCCAACAUGCAAAAAUAAUCAGAUUUUGUUUAUCCUUGUUACCAUAUGUAAAAUGCAUGUAAUAAGAUUCAAUGUGAUACCGUUUCGAUGCUAUCAGAAGAUAAUACCCCAAUGUCAUUUUGUUUUUUCUGAGUUGAUACUCCAUGUAACAUCAUAUUUAAUCAAAUAAAAAAGGAGAAAACAACGUAAAGCAAAGAAAGAAAAUAAUAAGUGAGACUGGAGAUUUUUUGAUAAAAAAAAAAAAAAAAAAAAAAAAAAAAAAAAAUUGGUACAUUCUGUACAACGCUUAAUGAAUCUUGAUAUCGCCACACAACUGUAGGGUUGGCAACAAUAUACACCUUUAUUUUCCUAUUAUAAGUUUUUUGUUUAUAGUAACUUUAACACUAUUUUUGCAUAUUCUAUAUAGUAGUGAAAUUAUAUAGUGUAAGCGUAGUACAGUAAUGUAAGUAACAUACACCUGGAAGGAAUUUCAUUGAAUAUGCGAUUCAAUAUUGUUUUCAUUGUGUCGUUAUAAUUAUUCCGGGUGAUAGUGAUUUCUCAAAUAGCUUUUAGUCUUAACUGAUUCGUUGCAUUGGAAUUCGACGGAAAGUGAUUAUUGACUUAUAUAAGAAUAGUCCACAUAAUACAAGUUUCGCAUUCCUCAGACUCUCGCCCUCUCUCUCUCUCUCUCUCUCUCUCUCUCCAUAUAACCAGCCUUAUAGCGUAAUUAUUCAACAAUCACAAAGGAGCAAAUAACAUUGCAGUUUGACACCUUUUGAUUAAAUC